AUGGUCGCCAUCACUACUCAAGUAUUAGUCGGAGAUCCAUCCAUGCAAGCUAAACACGCUCCGGUGUCCGCUUUGCUGGUUCUCUUCGUGCUCUCCGUCGUCCUCACGCUCGUGCCGCAGCCGCAGAAAUCAUUCUUCCAGGCUCGGCCACUGCCGCUUCUGAUCGACAAUGAUGGCGGAGGCAUUGUGGCUCACGCCGACCCAUCCGGUGGCUGCGACUACUCUGACGGAAAAUGGGUGAAGGACGCCACUACCGCGACGCUCUACGGGGAGGACUGCCCAUUCCUUGAUCCCGGCUUCCGCUGCGAGCGCAACGGCCGGAACGACUCAUCCUUCCGGCACUGGCGCUGGCAACCUCGCGGCAGCUGCCGCCUCCCUAAGUUUAAUGCGACGGAUAUGUUGGAGAGGAGCCGGAACGGCCGAAUCGUGUUCGCUGGCGACUCCAUCGGCCGUAACCAGUGGGAGUCCAUGCUGUGCAUGCUCGCCAGCGCCGUGCCGAAUGGUUCGAGGAUAUAUGAGCACUCCGGGAAGCCCCUUAGCCGGCACAAGGGCUACCUCUCCAUGAUCUUCCUGGACUACAACCUCUCUGUGGAGUACUACCGCGCGCCGAUGCUCGUCAUGGUCGACCGCAUCCCGCCGGUGGCAAGCAACAAAGGUGCAAGCGUCACCAGGGGUGCCAUCCGGCUGGACGCGCUGCCACGGCACGCCACGCGCUGGGCCGGUGCUGAUGUGCUCGUCCUCAACACGGGUCACUGGUGGAAUGAGCACAAGACCAUCAAAUCAGGAAAUUAUUUCAUGGUGGGAAAUCGGUUCAACAUGAAAAUGGACAUCAAGGAAGCGUUCCGGUUAUCCCUGCAGACGGUGAAAGACUGGGCGCUAAGCAAUCCACGACUCUCCACAAGGGGCUAUCUCUUCUUCAGGAGCUAUUCUCCAUCGCACUACGACAACGGAACGUGGGACACUGGGGGCUCAUGUGCAGACCAACGGGAUCCUCUUAUGAUGACCACUGGCGAGAGCAACCAAGAGUAUUCGUGGAUCAACACGAUGAUCUCGAGCACAGCACGGGGCACAAUUAGACAGCAGAUGGACAAUAGGGUGGUAUUCUUGAACAUAACGCACAUGACAGCACUGAGAAGGGACGGUCAUCCUUCACGGCACCGAGAGCCCGGGACGCCGCCGGAUGCCCCAGAGGAUUGCAGCCACUGGUGCCUGCCAGGCGUGCCGGACGCGUGGAACCAGGUGAUGUACGGGCACCUCGUGUCUACGGGAUAUGGCAUGAGGUUGGUCAAAAAAUAA